UCAGGGGGGUGGGGUGGGGGAUGGUGGCCCACGUGUUGCUGCUGCUGCUGCUGCUGCUUCUGGUCUGGGUGAUGCUGCACGGCACCGAGUGCGAUGUGAGGGCCGUGGUGGGUGGAGGCACCGUCUGGUGCAUCGGGUCACGUGACUUGGGGGCCUCCUCACCCACACCACCUUGCCGUUUGGCUGGCCUGCAACCACAUGACCGACACACACAAGCGGGAGGGCAGGAAUGAACGGAGGCAGGCAGGCUUCACAGUGGCGUGUGUCGGGUGGUGUGUGUACCUAGGUUGGCGAAGACGACCAUCGUGGGUCGGCCGUCCUCGUCGUUGGCCUGCAUCAUGUUGAUCGUCGGACCGCCCCGAUGAUGCGUCAGCAGGGCAUUGCAGGCCAGCUCAAACCGAGGGAUGAUGGACGCGAAUCCAUACGGCGGGGGCAAGCCGGCCAGAUCUACGCCCUGGCGCUGCCCCGUCUGUCUGUCGACGAAUUCGAAGCGGUAGCCACGCCCCUGAGGCUCCUGACGCUCUCGACACUCGAUGGCCUCAAGCUGCCGCACAUUCGUCUUUUGCGCUUCAAACGCCUCGCAGAUCUGCCGGGCGAUGGCCGGGGCUUCGCUGCCCAUCCUCUCCGCCCUACAAGCUACC